GUAAUGGUUCCGUCGCUAUUUUUGUAUACAUACAAGAUGCAUGAUGCAAGCUCGGUGCAACAGUAAGUAUAAAACGUCAACUCAAUUCAAGACGUAAAAACACUACAUCUUUUGUCAACAUUUUGUCAUUAUUGAGCGUGUAUACUCUCGUCUUACUCUGGUCCACAAGCAGAAUGUGAAACAAGUUAUUGUAAACUCUUCAAAGGAGGGGAGAAAGACGGCAUUUUGUUUUGAAAGCGUGAGGCGAUCAUCUGGUCUUUCUAAACUCGGCACACCUAAAUUCUACUGGAAACUGCUACGUGUAGCUAGUAGCGACUGAUUUUUACCCGCAGUAGCGACUGAUUUUUACCCGCAGUAGCGACUGACAUGUACACUUGAAACCUCAAGUCAUCAUUCAUCUCAGUGUGAUACAAACAAAAAGAUGAUCAAUCGAGACAUAGUCAAGAUGACCCAACGUCAUUUCCAGCCCUCCAACACGACCGUCACGGUCCAAAUGACCCAUCUUCUUCACCAACGAAAAGUCCUGGGGUGCCACCCCCGGCGUCCCCCGGACCAAGAUGGAGGGUUUUAUUCCAAACACAGCUUUAUCAGAGAAGAAGAAGGGGUUACGCUCCUCCUCACCAAAAGAGAAAAGUGUGUUUUGCAAGAGCCGCCCUGUUAAGAGACGAGUUCGUCAUUCUAGAAACCCUUCUCCUCCGGUUCAUCUGUACAUUGGAGCGAACUUUGCCGUUCGUCUUCAUCACAACUUCAGGUUCCAGCGACACGUAACCAACAGUUACGAGAGAGGCCUGAUCUGGACUGAGUUUGAAUCUUUCAGGCGACUGUCUCACAUGACGCUGUCAGAAUGUGCAGUAAGAAUCUUGACGGUCCCAAAUGCUGGAGGAAAUUCUGUGGAGUCUGAGGUUUUAAGCUUUGAGCUUCUUCAUCGAUGCUUUGGUGCUCGCCUACUGAAGACCGAGAUGGAGGUGGCGUACUUCCCAGAGGGUGGUUCCAUCACUGAUUUCACAUGCGAGAUGUUUGGAACUAGACUUGGUGUGUCCGUUACCAGAGCCAUGAAAUUCAAAGGCGUCUUUGAACUCGAAGAUGCUGAGAAACUGCUACGUAAAAAAUUAAAUGGAGUCGUAACAUCCAGCAGGAACACUCUGGAACAUUGGAGCAAACAGAUUCUUCACAUCUGGGCAACCAAUCACAACGUGGCUGCUCAGAUUGCUCGCUCUUACUCCACAAUGCCCCGCCAUCUCACAUCCAAUACAGUUGUCCUGGUUACGGUCGUAACAAAAGACUUGGACAGGCUGUCCAUAUUUUAAAGUAAAGAAGUAAUGUAUAUAAUGUCAGAAAUAUUUAUCAUUUUUUAUUCACUUAAUAUACACUGUCUGUCGUCUUGUUAGCCAAUAAUAAUGUUAUUUUUUACCCACUUAGUGUGCUAAAUAACUAAAAAGAAUUUUUGUUUUCAGUUAUUGUAUUUUUGCAUUUUGUACCUUUGUUUUGUCUGUCCAUUGUUAAGUGUUCUGUCUGUCCAAUAGGGAACAACUCAAAAGCAUUGAGCUUCUUAAAGAAUUUCUUUCCACAUACUGACAUGAUGUAUACAUUAAGACAGUGGACACUAUUGGUAAUUACUCAAAAUAAUGGUUAAAAUAAAAACUUGGUAACAAGCAAAG